AUGGAUAACUAGUUCGUUCCUCUAUAUGAUAGAGUAGACCAAGCCAUUGAUAAGUCAGAUUUUACCACUGUAGUUUAGUAUGUUGUGAAAAAUACAAAUAUGUGCAAAUAAGAUCCUUAGUCUAUUCAGAGACUGCUUAACAAUUUAACAAGAUUGAAUCUAACAGACUUCAUAAACGAAGUGUUCCAAGCACUAAUAAAGAUUUAAUUUACAUUUGAUUCUAUCGAAUAUGUCUAGCCUCUUGGAAAGAUGAUAGAGGUUAAUAAGACUAUGACCCAAAUCAAUGUUUUGAAUCAACUCAUUAUUAACAAAGUGACUAUCGAUACGAAUAUGAUUUAGAAAGCAUUAGAAUAGUGCUUUGACUAACUUAGUGAUAACAAAGAAGGCAAUACUGAGGUAGAGAUUGAAAAAGCAAUAAUAAAUUUGACAAAGUCAGUCUUAAAUGACCCAGGAAAAUAUCUUACUUAAGAUUUCGUAGUAUUUCUUAUUGAUAGAUUCAUUCAAAGUGGGAAAUUUGAGGAGGCAGAGAAAAUACUUCUAGAUACUAGAUUAAGCAUCUAGAUGUAUCCAGAACUUUGGAAGCAUUUCAUAGAUAGCUAAUCUAAAUUUGGAAAAUACGACUAUUGCAUCUAAAUCAUUGAUUAAUUAAAAACCAAGUCAGUUUCUACUGGUUAUGACCACCUUUAUAACAUUAUUAUAGAGAAAUUUAUCCAAGUGAACCAAAGAACUAAACCUCAGCAAAUCUUUGAAUUAUUCUUAAAACUGAGUCAUAGAAAAGUUUUAUUCACUUAUUUCAAUCAAAUUGAGACUCUAAUUUAAAUAUAUCAAUUGAAAGAUCUUGAACAAUUCAAGAGUGCUAUUGUUGAAAUAGACUAUAGCCUUGAUCCUAAUGCUUUUAAUUUGAUUAUCAAUCUCAUACUAGAUGCUAAAGACUUUGUAACUGCUAUUGGUAUGUUUGAAUUAGUAUUUGAUAGCUAGAUCAAGAAAGUUGAUCUUUCGUAGGUGGAUGUUUCACCAAAUGCUUUAAAAGUUCUUUUAAAGAUUCAAACACAAAAACUAAAGCAAGGCUUAGAUUGGAAACUUGAGGAUCUUAGUCUGUAAGGUCUUGAACAUGACACUUAAUUUGGGAAAGAGUCAAUGAUUAAAAAAUGGCUUCCAAUAUAAAACGAUUUGGAAAAUUCAAAAUACUUAAAAAUUGAUUAAGCAGAUUAGAUAAGUCUUAAUGACGAACUUUCAAUAAUUUCAAAGAGUGAUUACGAACUAAUAUGA